UCAUCUUGUUCCUUUGCUUUCUGUCAUUGCUUUGGCUGGGAUUUGGACUAUGAACUUGGCAUUAAGAAGAGAAUACCUGUGUUAGGACAAUAAAAUCUAGAGUUGGAGAUGACCCUUCCUGACUGUUAUAUCAAUAUGAGGAAUGUUGUGGACCACAUUUUCCACAAUCUGUUGCCUUUAUGGUUCCGUGUUACAAAUCACCAAGGCUGAACAUCCAUGAAACUUGAAUGAAAUAGGAUUAGACUGGGUUUGGAGCCACUUGUAUGAAGAGACAGACAAAUGCAUGGAGCUUUUAUGUACGUUUGCUUUUAGUUUGUGUUCCUCGAUCUUUGCCCUGCCAGCCAAGAAUAUCCUCAAAACUACCAGCGGCUGCUUCACUUCCAUUUUACAGGUGUUCAGAAUUCAACAGUAAAGAUCCAGCAUAGGUUGGAUUUUCCUGCAAGCCCAGAGGUGUCCACCAUAUGGUGGCAACAAAUGUAGACCGUCAUGGACUCCGUGGCCUUGGAGGAUGUUAAUGUGGAGUUCACCAUGGAGGAGUGGGCUUUCCUGGAUCCAACCCAGAAGAAACUCUACAGAGAGGUGAUGCAGGAAACCUUCUGGAACCUGGCAUCAAUAGCAUGUAUUUUAGAAGACAAAUGGGAAGACCAUGACAGUGAAGAUCAGUAUGAAAACCAUGGGACGAAUCUUAGCAAUCAUAUGGUAGAGAGACUCUGUAAAAGGAAGGAUGCUAGUCAAUGUAGAGAAAUCUUCAACCAGAUUCCAAAUCAUAAUGAAAAUAAAUCUCCUACUGAAAUAAAACAACCUACAUCCAAGUUGUGUAGACAAGUCUUCAUGCACUAUUUAUCCUUUAAUAACCACAUGAGCUCUCACACUGGACCCCAACCAGACCAGUGUCAGGAAUAUGAAGAGAAGCCUAAUAAAUCUAAGGAAUGUGGGGAAACUUCCAAGCAAUACCAAUAUGCUCAAAUACAUGGAAGGAAACAGAGUGGAGAAAAGCCCUAUGAAUGUGCAGAGUGUGGUAAAGCUUUCAGCUAUUUAAGUUACUUAUGUAGACAUGCAAGAACUCAUAGUCGAGAGAAACCCUAUGAAUGUAAGAAAUGUGGGAAAGCCUUGAGUUCCCUCACCAUAUUUCAAAGACACGUGAUCAAGCACACUAGAGAUGGACCUUUUAAAUGUAAGGAGUGUGGAAAAGAUUUCAGUUGUUCAAAAACCUUUCGACGUCAUGAAACAAUACACAGUGGAGAAAAGCCUUAUGGAUGUGAGGAAUGUGGUAAAGCCUUCAGUUGCCUCAGAUAUCUUGGAAAACAUAAAAGAACUCAUGAUGGAAAGAAGCCUCAUGAAUGUAAGAAAUGUGGGAAAGCUUUCCGUUAUCCCUUUUCCCUCAGAAAUCAUGAAAGAUCUCAUACCGGGGAGAAACCCUAUGAAUGUAAGCAAUGUGGGAAAGCCUAUAGUUGUCCCAGAUAUGUUCAAAUUCACAAAAACACUCAUAGUGGAGCAAAGCCAUUCCAUUGUAAACAAUGUGGCAAAGCUUUCAGUUGUCCCAAGUCCUCUCGAAUACAUGAAAGAACACACAGUGGAGAAAAGCCCUACGAAUGUGAGGAAUGUGGUAAAGCCUUCAGUUGCCUCAGCUCUUCCCUUAAAAAUCAUGAAAGAUCUCAUACCGGGGAGAAACCCUAUGAAUGUAAGCAAUGUGGGAAAGCCUAUAGUUGUCUUAGAUACUUUCAAAUUCACAAAAACACUCAUAGUAGAGAGAAACCGUAUCAGUGUAAGCAAUGUGGCAAAGCUUUCAGCUGUCCCAUGUACUCUCGAGCUCACGAAAGAACACACAGUGGAGAAAAGCCCUACGAAUGUAAGGAAUGUGGUAAAGCCUUCGGUUUCCCAAGUAGUUUUCAUAGACAUGUGAAAACACAUUCUAGAGAUAAACUCUGUUAA